CACUUAUCCAAUAUAAGAUUGUGAUAAAAAGUAUUGUUUAAAAAACCGUGUUUUAAUUUUCCUUGUUUUGGUAUUUACUGUAUUGAUCAACUAAUCUGAAUCUUAUUCAGAUUGGAUUUACAUAGAUUUAAAUCUAAUGUCAAUCAAUAUGUCAGGAACUGUUGUUGUUCCAAGAAACUUCAGAAUGCUUGAGGAUAUUGAACAAGGUCAGAAAAGUGGAAAUGAUGGUGCAAUGAGCCACCAAGACGAUUCGGAUAUUAAUCUUACACAAUGGACUGGAAUGAUUCAAGAAUUUGAGAAAUCAUUGUUCUCAGAAGAAAGGUUGGAUGCUUCAAGUCCGGAUUUAUGGCCAGAACAGAUUCCUGGAAUAACAGAUUUCCUAGCUCGUAGUUCUCCUAUUAAUACCGAAAUGUUUAAUAAUGAAACUUUGGUUGGCGAGAAACCAGAAACACCUGAAUGGUUAGCAGAUUUGGAUCAAGAUGACAUAAAUAUGCUUCAUGGUUUUGGUAGCUUGACCACAUUUGCCUUACUCGAUAGAGUUAAAGAACUUCAAGAUCUCUCUUUCCAAUUAGGGCUGGAAGAAUCAAGAGAGAUGACACGAGGAAGACUACUCGGAGUAUUAUCUUCGGAGAAUAAUCCACCUUCAACAAGCUCUGGUCAAGUUUACAGCAGAGAUUAACAUGAAUCAUACGAAAGUAAAUAUUAAAUCGCUGGUUGAUGUUAAGAGAUGGAAAUAUUCUUGACUCUUUCAGUGGGGAAUGAAUGGAUUAAAUUCCUGGUCAGUGCAACUUAACUAACAAUAUUUGUGCAUAAUUAACUCUGAUCGAUGAAAAUCAAGACAACAAGCUGUUCAAAAAAAGAUUUUUGCACAUUAAGCAAAUAACGAAACAGUCAUUUUAGCCUGUUGUAUACCUGUAAAUUGUCUAUAUCCUAUCUUUGAAGAUAUUAUUGGAUCCAAGGGGUCUCUUAAUUACAAACUUUGGAAACGAAGAUCAACUGCAUCUUUUUUUCACCAUCACAUUUGGGCUGUUACUUGACUGCAUUUUGACGGGGAUCGGAUUCAAUAUCGCAAAUAGAAAGCGUAGAGUAAUGGACUUCAACGAGAAAAAAACAAAGUUUUACUUCAAUAACGUUUGUUUGGAAGAAAGAUGCAAUAGAUGUUUAUAUGUAACUUAUCAUAUUAUAUUUAUACAAUGAUGAGCAAGGAUCAUGAUGCUGAUUAUUACCACUACUAUCUCUACCAAUCAAAUUCAUGACGAUGUAAUUGACUUUACCUUGCCUUUUCAUUUAACCUCAUUUUUUGGUACAACCUUUGAUUCCUUUUGUAAAGGUUUUAUAACAAUCCACGAGGUAUCUAUUAAUUGUCUUACAUCCUCUCCAAGUUGAGCUUCAUGGACUGGUUCCAGGGACAUGAUGUCAGCCUCUCUUAACAAAAUAUUAUUAACACAAUUAUUGUCACACUUAUGUAUCAAUUUUAAAAUACCGUUCCAGGCAAUCAUUACUCCAUUGUCUGUACAGAGAUGCCUCGGUGAAGGGGCCACAACUUCUAUUUUUGUCUCAUCAUAAAAUGUAUCCAUUUUA